AUGUCUUCUUCUUCUUCUCCUGUUGUUGUUAUCGGUACCGGCUUGGCUGGGUUAGCUACUGCCAAUGAACUAGUUAAUAAAUACAACAUUCCAGUAACCAUCCUCGAAAAGGCCUCCUCCAUCGGUGGGAACUCCAUCAAGGCCUCCAGUGGUAUUAACGGUGCCUGCACGGAGACGCAACGCCACUUCCACAUCGAGGACUCGCCACGCCUCUUCGAAGACGACACCGUCAAGUCUGCUAAGGGGAAAGGUGUCGAAGAAUUAAUGGGCAAGUUGGCUAAUGAUUCUCCCUUGGCCAUUGAAUGGCUGAAAAACGAAUUCGACUUGAAGUUGGAUCUCUUGGCCCAAUUGGGUGGCCAUUCCGUGGCAAGAACUCAUAGAUCAUCGGGAAAGCUACCUCCAGGGUUCGAAAUUGUUUCCGCCUUGUCCAACAAUUUGAAAAAGCUGGCCGAGACUAAGCCUGAGUUGGUCAAGAUCAAUUUAGACAGUAAAGUCGUGGACAUCCAUGAAAAGGAUGGCUCCAUUUCUGCUAUAGUGUACAAGGACAAGGAUGGUGAAACGCACACACUAAAUGCCUCCAAUGUUGUUUUCUGUUCUGGAGGGUUUGGCUUUUCUAAGGAAAUGCUCGAGCAAUAUGCGCCCGAGCUGGUAGACUUGCCAACAACAAAUGGCCAACAAACCACUGGGGAUGGUCAAAAACUCCUAAAAAAAUUGGGCGCUGAUUUGAUUGACAUGGACCAAGUCCAAGUUCACCCAACCGGGUUCAUCGAUCCUAAUGAUCGUGACUCGAGCUGGAAAUUCUUGGCUGCUGAAUCUCUUAGAGGUCUCGGUGGUAUCCUAUUGAAUCCUACCACCGGCCAAAGGUUCGUCAACGAGUUGACUACAAGGGACGUCGUCACUGAAGCCAUCCAAAAGCAUUGCCCUCAAGACGGUAACAGAUCACUCUUGGUCAUGAGCGAAAAAAUGUACAAAGACUUGAAGAACAAUUUGGACUUUUACAUGUUCAAGAAACUAGUACAGAAAUUGCCAUUAUCUCAAGUUGUUUCUGAAUACAAUUUGCCAAUCACUGCCGCGCAAUUAUGCCAAGAAUUACAAACCUACUCUUCGUUCACCACCAAAGCCGAUCCCCUAGGGCGUAGCGUUAUUCUCAAUGAGUUUGGUACAGAUGUUACCCCAGAAACCGUGGUGUUCAUUGGUGAAGUAACGCCAGUGGUUCAUUUCACCAUGGGUGGUGCUAGAAUCAACGUCAAGGCGCAGGUCAUUGGCAAGAACGACGAACCGCUACUAAAAGGGUUGUACGCAGCUGGUGAAGUUUCUGGUGGUGUUCAUGGUGCCAAUAGACUGGGCGGGUCAAGUUUGUUGGAGUGUGUUGUCUUCGGUAGAACUGCUGCAGAAUCUAUUGCCAACAGAUCGUAA